GGGUUGGGGUUGGGGUUGGGGUAAGGGUUAAGGUGGAGGGUUGGUUUUUUUCCAUCUUAACUUGGCGGAACCAGCACCUCUACUCCAACUGCAUCAUGAUCGAUUCCCUCCCCAACGCCGCCAAAUCCGGGGUAUUACCUGAAGGGUCUGGGGUUAGGGCAUCGGCGGAUUACGACUUAGAAGAGCCUGUAAAAGCUGAUGAUGUCUCGGAUUCCUUCUUGGUCGGCAAUACUGUUUCCAAGCUGAUGAAAUUGACAGUAACAUCUGAGUCUCUGGUGCCUGAUGUAAAAUGGGAAGAUGUUGGUGGACUUGAGGAUGUCAAGAAAGCACUUUUAGAGGCAAUCCAAUUGCCUCUCCUCCACAAGGAUCAGUUUUCAACUGGGUUGCAGAAACGCUCAGGUGUUCUUCUCUAUGGUCCUCCUGGAACAGGGAAGACAUUGUUGGCAAAUGCUGUAGCUGGUGAGUGUUCAUUGAAUUUGCUUACUGUGAACUGGUCAGAAUUGAUUGAUAGGGUCUCUGGAGAAUCAGAAAAAAAUGUCCGUGCCAUUUUUCAGAAGGCUAGGUCAUUGCGCCCCUGUGUUAUUUUCUUUGAUUAUCUUGAUUUUCUUGCUCGUCGUCGUAGUGAUAGGAAUGCCUCUGGAGAUUCUGAUGGUCUGGCUUGUGAGAUGAAUAAAGUGUUCACUCAGGUGCUUGCAGAGAUUGAUGCCUUACAUGUCUCCACUGAGGAUAUAUUUAUUAUUGGAGCAAGCAACAUGCCAGAUUUCAUUGACCCUGCAUUUCUGUGUCCCGGCCGUUUCGACAAACUGAUAUAUGUUGGUGUAAAUCCAGAUGCAUCUUUCCGUGAAAGCGUUCUCAGAGUAGUCACACGCGGAAUUAACCUGCAUGAAAGCGUGUCUCUGCUUUCUGUGGCUGAGCAAUGCCCACCAUAUUUCACUGGUUGGUGCGUGAGUGGAUUAUGUGAAACUGCUUGGGAUUUUGCAGCAAUGCGCCAGGUGGGGGCUUGUCGAGGGAAUGAUGAUUCUUUGAGUGUCGAUGAAGAUGCAGUUAUUGUUGAGAUGGAUGAUUUUAUGGAGGCCUUGGAAUUGGUUAAGUAGGAACGUCUAAUGGAUCACUUUGAAGGAGCUUGUACAAAUUAAGUGAACCGGCAUCAAAUUUUGUCUCACCCGUCUCAAUCCGAUUGGACAGCAUCCUUGUUUUCGUGCCAUAUCCAAAUAACUGAAUAAUUAUUUUCAAAGCAAUUAGACCAGUGAACCCCUCUCUUCUUUAGUCCGUUCUUCAGUUUUUUUUCCCUUAAUUUUUUAUUUGAGUUUUUAUUUUUCUUA